AUGAGGACCUACAGUGAUUAUCACAUUUGCUUCAAUUCCAAGUUCCCUACCCCAAAUUUCAGACAUCCAAACCGGACAUACAGUACAAUUCCAUUUUCUACCAUCACCAUCACCACUCCUCGUACGUUUUCCACCACCACCAUCACCACUCCUAGUUCGUUUUCUACCACCACCAUCACCACUCCUCAUCCAUCGCCCAUCACCACUCAUAAUGCUUCAACACAGAUAUGUAAAGCGGACGAGGAAUGGCAGCUGCGGGACAAAGGACAUGGAUGUUUUUGCAAAGAUCCGUAUAAAGUCACCACUUUAUCACAGGUGGUUCCUGAGAAGACCUGCGGAUCGUUCGAGAUGAGAGCCGCCUUCCAUAAAUGUCAGUUCAAUGAUCUGAGUAUUUACUUCAACGAGAGUCAUGUGAAGGAUAACGCCUGCUAUGACUUCCAGGAUGACCCCGUCACAAACACCUUCUCAGUCCUGGUCCCUCUAAAAGUCGGAGGUUGCAAAGCCCUGGCUUAUGAAACAAACAAAACUCAUAUCAUGUAUAAGAUUAAUAUCAUCAUUGAUGUGGACACCAUUGGAAACACCCCAGAAAAAAACACCCUGAUCGUACCCUUGCAGUGUUCCCACACGUUGGAUAUAAUAUCCAGUCUGAAUACCGUUCCCGAUCCAAUCAUCAGAUCUAUAACUAUCGCAGUUUCGGGGAAAGGAGAGUUCAAGGUCCACAUGUCUUUGUAUAAUGGCAGCUACACGACUCCAUACACGGGAUCCGAAGCUGUCCUGUCCUCAGAGGAAAUAUUGUAUAUCGGAGUUUUCUUUCUUGGAGACACAUCUAAUUUCAUUCUGGUGAUGGACAAAUGCUACGCCACCGCAACAAAUGAUAUGAAUGACCCACAGAAAUACCACUUCUUCCAAAGCAGUUGUCCUAAGUUGAAAUAUUCCAUUUUAUCUAUUGACGAGGGAGGUUCUUCCAACAAAGGACGGUUUUCUGUGACGUUGUUCAAGUAUGUUGGAGACAGCAACCACGCGUAUAUACAUUGUGCUGUGAGCCUGUGUGACAUCAGUUCUGGAUCCUCUAGCCAUUGCUACUGCAGAGCAGGAAGUCGAAGUGUUGGAACCAGAACCCCACAGAGUUUUGAUGGUGCUCUGACAAUUGGACCAAUUAGAAGAUCAGAACAGAGAUUAUCCCCGGAGGACUUGGAGCUUGUUCUGUGUCUCCUGGACAUCACUCAUUCUUUAUCAUGA